AUGUCCUGGAAUACCAUUGAGUCAGAUGCUGGUGUAUUCACACAACUUAUCCGUGAUCUUGGUGUGUCAGGCGUUCAGUUUGCGGAGAUUCCUAUGCUGGACUCUCUGGAGGAGUUAGCACCAUCGCUUUACGGCGUCAUUUUCCUGUUUAAAUAUAACUCAUCAGAUUACGCCGGAAACGAGCCAGUGCAAGGAGCUUACGACUUCGAUUACCCAGACUCGUUGUUUUUCGCUAAUCAAACCAUCCAAAACGCAUGUGGAACCCUAGCGGUGCUGAAUACCCUUCUUUCGCUAUCCAAUGACUUCCCAGAAGAGAUCAGAUUGGGUGAUACGCUCUCUGAGUUUAUUAGCUUCACGGCUGCAUUCAAGGAUCCUGUAUUACGCGGUGAGAGUGUUUCGAAUUCUGAUCAUAUUCGUAAUGUGCACAACUCGUUUUCCACUCCUGAGCCGUUUGUCCUCGAUGAGAAAACCCCAGAUGACGGACGUAAGGCUGCCGAGGUAUUUCAUUUCGUUAGUUUUGUAGAGCACGAAGGUGUUCUUUAUGAACUGGACGGGCUUCGUCCAACACCUAUAGUUCACCGCGAGUAUAGUAAUGACUCACGCGACAGGCUCACAUUUGCCCAGAACAUCAUUUCCGUUCUCCAAAAAAGGAUGCAAUUAUGCGUGAAUUCCGGUGGGAAGUUUUCCGUCAUAGCUAUCCAUAGGGAUGCAAUUGAACGCCUGGAAGACCUGCGUCAGCAAGGAGCUAUUACUGACCAAGACUAUCAACUUGAAUGCAGCAGAGAACUACAAAAACGCGAGACCUGGGCAAAGGAGCUCUCAAUGAGGCGACAAAAUUUGUAUGGUUUGAUCUUCGAGCUUCUCAAACAGGUCAGCAGUUCGAUGACCGACGAGGAAUUCGCUGAUCACAUCAAAAUAGCUCAAAAAACUACCUUGGAAAGACUCAAACGGCGCAAUUGA